GAUAUUUUGCUUCUUUUUCGAGGUCCUCCUUUUCAUGAAAGCCUACAUGUACUAACUUUUGCCUCUUUUAUUUAACCUAUCAUACAAUACAAUAUUCGUUAGUGCCUCGAUGCCUUUAUUCUCUGCUUUUUAAUCGUUCCCAUCAGUUUCAAAGUACCCUUUCACCCUUAUUCAUCUUCUCUCUAACAAACUCUGUGUCUCUCUUUCAACUUCAACUCAAAUGGCCUCAACAGAAACACAACAACAUCCAAACUACAAGACGAUUGUCUUGAAGGUCUCCAUUCACUGCCAAGGCUGCAAGAAAAAAGUCAUCAAAAUUCUUCAAAGCAUAUAUGGUGUUACUAGCGUAAACAUUGAUUUGAAGCAACAAAAAGUUGUAGUAACUGGGAACGUAAACAGCGAUAUUUUGAUCAUGAAAUUGACCAAGACAGGGAAGCAUGCUGAGUUAUGGCCUCAACCUGAAACGGAACCUGAACCAAAACCAACCGAUGCUAAAAAGAAGAAGCAGAGAAAACCUGAGAGCAAAGAGAAACAGAGCGAUCCAGAAACUGAAGACAACGAAGAAAUAGAAAUCAAACAAACCGGUGAAUACAACAAUGAAACAGGUAAAGUUAAAGUUAAAGUUGACGAGGCAUCCGAAAGCGUUGAAGUUAACGGAAGCGCCGUUAAAAAAGGUAAUGGAGGCGGUGAAGUUAACGGCAACACCGCUAAAAAAGGAAAUGGAAGCGGCGAGGUUAACGCUAACGGGAACAGUAACGUUAACAAAUCCAAUGAAGGAAACGCAACCGGUAAAUCCGGUGUAGUACACGUUCAAGAACCGAAGCCAGAAGUGAGGAAGCAAACAGUUGUGUUACCGGCUGGACCGGUUCCCGAGAAAAAAGUUAGCGUCGCAGUGCAAUUUCCUUGCGAUAAUAAUGAAGAAGCAUCAACGAAUGAGAAAACCGGUUCCACCGGUGGUGAUAGCAGCGGAGUGAAAAAGAAGAAAAAGAAAGAAAAAGGUAAAGCUAACAGCAACAACGCUAAUGAGAGUGUUGCUGAACAGCUUGGUGAUGCUCCGGGUACCGGUGGUUCAGGUUAUCGGUCACAUGGUCAAAGUAAUUUUCAUGAUCAAGUACAUAGAGGUUCAGUUCCAGUUUCAAAUAUACCCAAUGAGGUUCCGCCACGUCAUUUUAUUAACCAACAAUUUUAUCCACCUCAUUACUAUGCACCUCCGGUUUCUGCUGCUGCACCGGUUUAUACCGUGAGCCAUCACACAGCGUAUCCGAGCAAUAGUAGUUACGGUGCGGCGUAUUAUGCGCCUCCGCAACCGUAUCAAUACGCGCAUGUGGUGAAUUCGGGAAACGAGAUGGAGGGUCAACCUAGGCCGUACACGUAUGAAUCAUCGGAAACGUAUAGUUCAUCACAACCGUCUGAUUCGUUUGUUUAUUUUAGUGAUGAAAAUCCUAAUGCGUGUAGUGUGAUGUGAUUUGUAAUCAUUCUGUUGGAACAUACAACUUGUAUGGGGCAUGAGAGAAUUUUGUAAUGGUGUAGAUAAGGAUCAGAUGAAAAGCUUCAAAAGAACGAAAGAAAAGAAAAAAAUAUUACUAGUCUGUUUGGUUUGAAUGGAUGGAAAGUUGGGUAGAAUAAUAGAAUUCUGGGUGUUUACGGCUUUUGAUCAGUGGUUGUCCUGGACUCUUGAUAUGUAUCGUAUUAGGACAAUGUAGUGAAAUUUUAAAAUUAUUGGCCUUGCAUCCUCCUUA